AUGGCCUAUGUCCUCUCCUUGUCACCGACCAGCCCGGCGCUGACGCCUGUCAACUGCGAGGCUGCAGCACGAUCAUGCUCAUCAGCUGCGAGUAUCGGGUCCGGAGGCACAGUGCAGCAUCAUCGUCUUCGGAGCAUAUCUACCAACUCACUCUCUUCGGCCGGCUCCUACUUCAUCCCAUCCUGGCGCAGAAGCCAUGAGCCUGCCAGCACGCCACCACGAUCGGCAUCGUCCAUGAACCUCAACUUUGGCAAGAUUCGAACCCAAUUCGACCGCCGAAGCUUCUCCGCCACCAACUCCAGACGCACCAGCCUGGCCUCGGCCAUCAGUGGGAACUGUCGACCUGAAUCAGUUGCAGUCUGUGAUCCCUGGGACUGCCGACUCGUGGACGUUGCCGAGAGCGAGGAUGAGCCUACCAGACCCAGUGAAGAUUCGGAACGCUUGGAGUCAGAACCAGAGAGCGAAGACGAUCUGGAAGCCGAGAAAACAAUACAGCUGGGAUUGGGGACAUCAGUCAUCGACCAUGCAAGUUCGGACAUGCAGGCUACAUCACCGGAUCCGCCUGCCUUCAAAAGAUGGGUCAGCCGACUACGAAGGAAGCAUGUCCAUCCAGUGGUGCCGCGAAAAGAGCGAUGGGUGCUUGACGAUUUCGACAUUGCAACCCCAUCCUCUGCGGGAAAAUCUCAACGGUCUCAUCAUCGUAAAUCGGAGUCGCAAAGUUCGUCUCUGAGGUUUGUCACAGCUGUCAGGUCAGCCACCGCGACACUCGCAAGCGCCAGCAUCGCAACACUUUCCCGCCGAACGACAAAGUGGCGUCGCGGGCAGCAACGUAGCAGUCUGAUCUCUGAACGAGACGCCCGCCCGUCCAUCGACAGUGUGAGAUCCGUAAUCGACGAGGCCGCUAAGCAGCGCUCGAGGAAGAGACGAGAGAAGGUCGAGGAGCUGAUUAGGACCGAGGAGAACUAUGUGGCAGAUGUCAAAGCACUCUCGAAUGCGUACUUCACGAUCCUCGACCACCAGCCUACCUCUUCCAGCUUCGCGCGGCCGUGUGCGCAAAAGAUCAUUGCAGAUAUCCUCGACCUGCACGACAAGAUCCUAGGCGAUCUAUACAACGCUGUUCCCUUCUCAGAGUACGACCAGUGCACAGCGAAAAUCUCCGCACCAGGAAGAGCCCAUACGAGGUGGCACUCAGUUGAUGUCGUGCCGCAAAGACCUACGCCAAAGAGGGUUGUUCUCUCCACCAUCAGACAAGGGAGACGUUCGCUGAACAUCAGUCGUUCCUCUGAGGAUGACCAUGCGAUGUUACGGUGCAGUCCGCAGAUCGUCGCUGCGGUCGCUAAAGUAUUUGCAAACCACACUGGCCGCUUCAAGGCUUAUGAAGGAUACGGUGCCAACUACGAUCUUGUUCAGCGCGACAUCGACGAGACCCAGAGGCAUAUCUCCAUCUGGGCGGACUUCGACAAAGCUAUCGAAGCGCUGUCACUGCAUGUGAACCCGACUCGCAGCCAAGAGGCGAACAGGAAGAAGGCCAUGACUGUCAAAGAUCUGCUGAUCAAGCCAAUUCAGCGUCUUCCAAGAUAUGAGCUGCUCUUCAACGAUUUGAGCAAGCUCACACCAGUCUACGAUGACCCCGAAUCUCAUACCACGAUCGAGGACCUCCGUGUCCAGCUCAGCGAGAUUUGCCAACGCACGAACGAGGCAAAAGAGAAUCCGACAAAGCUGAGAACGCUCGAGACAACGUGCUUGAUCGGAGAUAGACUGAGCUUUUCUGGCCAGGUGCCCAAAUCCGUCUUCCUGCAGUUGCUGGGCCAGGUCGAUCUGUGUGGAUGCUUGUACAUCGCAUACCGCACACGAGAUCGCAUCAAGGGCUGCUACGCAAUAUGCCUGCUUUUUGACUCGUAUCUGCUGCUCGCUGCCGCCGAGGAAGACCAACCAAAGUACAAGAUCUUGGCAGGAAUUGCUUUGGCGAAUGCAACCGUUGAAGAGAGCGAUAACUUGAAAGGCCUGCAAUGCCACACGGCACCACACUCUUGGAAGCUUGUCUUCGAGCACGCUGCUCGCAUGUACGAGGUCAUUUGCGUUGCUUGCUCCGCAACUGAGGCCGACGCUUGGCGGUCGCAUAUCGCAGAAAAGAUCGAGACUCAGGCUGCAGCAGUCAUGGCAGCCAAAGCCAGCGUUUUCGAAUUAUCGUCGCCAAUGACUUCGGAAAUGAGAAGCAUCGGCAAGGCGUUUGGAAAGCCUGGCAGCUUCGUUCGUCGCAUGUCGGUUCAUCGCGCGGCCACGAUCGGUCCAACGACUGACCUGAAUCAAGUCAUCAUCAAAAACACGCAGUCGAUGAAGGAGAUGCAAGAGAAUGAAUCACAGGUGUCACUAAAAAUCCCUCGCUCGCAGUCAGUGGCAACACCAAGCCAUGUGCAGACACUCGCGCCUCGCCGUGCAGAACGACAUCGGCUCGAAAGCAUCUUGUCGGAUGUCUGGACGAAGAAUACCCUCCCAUAUCCUGGCAUGGUCCGUCGAUCUGAUCCCAUCCGUGCUUCUGCAAACCACGUCAUCCGAAAGUUCAGCAUGGCAAGCAUUACCAGCAACUUUUCGUCGUCGAAACGCACGCCGAGUUAUGCCAGCAUCGCUUCGUCCCGCAAAGAGGAUAUGCCGCCAUCGAGGAGGGAUCCGCGCCGUGAGAGCAGAUCUGGAAACAUGACGAGACCACCAGUCGUCGACUUCCACAACGCUCCUGAUGCCUUUCUACCAGCGGACUUUGACCUCCAGGACCAAGCAGCCAAGCGCAAGAAGUCGGCUCUUCGAACAUUCACCAUGACGAUGGAGCGGCCGUUCAGUCCGUUGCUGGGCAAUGAUAACAAGCCAUCAGGAUUGCGCCGGGCACAGAGUGUUCGUGACCUUUCCGACGGAGGCGCAGCACCGCAGUCCAAGCCCACUCCCUCUCCAAUUCCGACAUCUCAGGAGACGAAGCCGCAGAGACCAGUCUAUAGUGUGAUCCAGGAACGACCGAAGACACCAGCUUCUUUUCAAGCUACGAACGAAACAGCUACGAGAGAUGAGAAUACCGCCAAGGAGCCCAGCAAGUCGAAGAGCCGGAAGUUGUUGAGGUUGUUUGGAUAA